AUGUCUGCCCGCACCACCUGUCCGGAUGUACGUUCUCUGCUGGAAAAGGUUCACCUCCCGGCAGUCACAGUAACGAGGUCCACCGCUGUCCCUCAGAUCUUUCAGGAGCAGCUGAACACCAGGAUUGUUUUGGUCGCCAUGGAGACCUGGACCUCGGAAAACAUGAUGCCGGUGGUGGAGGACCCGCUGAUGACGCUGCAGAACUUCAUGAAAUACAGGAAGGACAGCAUCAGGGAGCAGAGCGACGUUGUCCAACUUUUCUCAGGGCGCACAUUUCACAGUAGCCGCAGUGGGACAGCCUACACAGGAGGCGUUUGUUCUCCAACAAAGGGAGGAGGAAUUAAUCAGUACGGGAGCGUCGGGGCAAUGGCCAUCACUUUGUGUCAGAGUCUUGGCCAGAACAUUGGGAUGAAGUGGAACAACGCACGGACCUCAGCAAGUGACUGCAGAUGUCCAGAUGCCUGGGUGGGCUGCAUAAUGGAAGACACUGGAUUUUAUCUGCCCAGAAAGUUUUCUCGCUGUAGUGUUGACGAGUACAUCCAGUUCUUGCUUCAGGGCGGUGGGAGCUGCCUCUUCAACAAGCCUAAUAAGCUGUUGGACCCUCCCGAGUGUGGAAAUGGCUUCGUGGAGCCAGGAGAAGAGUGUGACUGUGGAUCCCAGGUGGAGUGCGCCCGCAGUGGAGGAGCCUGCUGCAAAAAGUGUACCCUUACCCACGACGCCAUGUGCAGUAACGGACUCUGCUGCAGUGGCUGUAAAUAUGAGCUGAGAGGUGUUGUCUGUCGAGAGGCCGUGAACGACUGUGAUAUUCCCGAAACCUGCACAGGAGACUCCAGCCAGUGCCCUCACAAUGUCCACCGGCUGGAUGGUUACAUGUGUGAUAACAGCCAGGGACGCUGUUAUGGUGGACGCUGCAGGACCCGUGAUGGGCAGUGCAAAGGACUCUGGGGCUAUAAUUCAGCUGACAGGUUCUGUUAUGAGAAGCUAAAUGCCGAAGGGACCGAGAAGGGAAACUGCGGUCGGGGCCCUGAAGGGAAAGGCUGGCUGCAGUGCAACAAGCCGGACGUGUUGUGUGGCUUCCUUUUCUGCGCAAAUGUCACAACAAAGCCAAAAUUUGGGGAUCUGCAGGGUGAGGUGACCAGCUUUACCCUCUACCACCAGAACAAGUACCUGGACUGCAGAGGUGGUCAUGCUUUGCUAGAGGAUGGCUCGGAUAUGGGCUACGUAGAGGAUGGGACCCCCUGCGGCCCCAACAUGAUGUGCUUGGAGAGACGGUGCCUCCCUGUUGCAGCUUUUAACCUCAGCAUAUGUCCGGGAUCUAAAUUUGGACACAUUUGCUCUGACCAUGGGACCUGCAGCAACGAGGUGAAGUGUAUCUGUGACAGGGACUACACCGGCAAGGACUGCAGCGUUUUCGAUCCCAUCCCUGAGCCCACCGUCCCAACAGGCCCGGAGAAGAAAGGUCCCAGUGGCACCAAUAUCAUAAUAGGGUCCAUCGCAGGUGCUAUUCUCCUGGCAGCUAUAGUCCUAGGGGGAACAGGAUGGGGAUUUAAGAACAUUCGAAGAGGAAGAUCUGGAGGAGGAUAAGAUCACUGUCUGUCUCUCUGUCUGUGUCCUGUCCACACUUGUCUUCCUCUUCGCACCGUGUCGUUUCCACGUUCAAGAAGAGAGGAAUG